ACACAAGAAGAAGCUUCUUCCGGUUGCCGCCGGAUGUGUCUAGUUGUUGGUGAGAGGAACUAAAAGCGUGAAAAAUGGAGAACACAUAUAAAAUGACGGACAGAGACAUCUCACUGAUGAUACACCUUCGUGCCACAAACGACGCCAUCUUUACUGGCAGGAGGAACUCUGCCAUGAGAGGCUGGAGGGCCAUAAGGAAAGAGAUGGGGAUCCAGAGUAGCCUGGUGUCGCCACGGCAGCUGAAGAAGAAAUGGGACAACUUGAAAGAAAAGUACAGGGCGCUGAAGAACCCUCCAGUGGGCAUGGAGAACGUGACCCGGCCCAGCUCGUGGCGCUGGUUUCACCUGAUGGAAAAGGCCUUGAGCGGCGACCUGGCCGGGACCGCCGCCGUAGUCAAGCCAUGCCUGGUGGAUGAGGAUGAGGAUCACAAGGCCACUCUGCCUCCGCUCACUCUUCCCAGCUCAAAUGCAACUUUUUGUGGACUGAGCGGAGAUGAUUCGGCACCUCUUGAGGAUGACAGUAUGAUCGAGGAGGUACUGGAGCUCAGUGUCAUCGAAGCGUCAGGGAAUGUUGAGGCAGUGAACACAAGUGUAUCACCUGCUAAAGUUGUUGCAACCAGAGGAGACGGAAAUCAUGUGAGAAGCACUGAGUGUGAGCUGACUAUGAUGGAGAGUCAGCCUGUGAUAAACAGCAGCCAGACUGCUGUGCUCUACGCCACCUUACUGCCUGACUGCACCUCCAACCUCAACAAGCCUUCUACCUCCUCUGGCCACACCGCCAAGGCGGCCACUGAGGUGGACGACAAGCUGGUUGAGCUGCAGAGAGAGUGGCAGGCUCUGGAAAGAGAGCAGGCUGAGUUUGACAGAGAGCUGAUAGCUUUAGAAAGAGACAGAGAGCUGCUGAACAGAGACAUGGCCACUCUGGAGAGAGACAGAACAGCUUUAGAAAGAGACAGAGCUUCUGUGGAAAGAGACAGAGCAGCUGUAGAAAGAGACCAAGUGAAUCUGGAUCGAGACCGAGCGUGCCUAGACAGAGACAGAGCGAUUCUAGACAGAGACCGAGCUUUUCUAGAGAGGGACCGAGUGUUUCUAGAGAGAGCCAGAGAGGAUUUAGAGAAAGAGCUGGUGAGGAGAGAGAAGAACGGACAUCGGCCUGAGAUGGCGACAGAGAGGGAAGUCGUGCUACAGACGAAGUUCUUCCAGAGGCUGAUGACUGCAGAUCUGGAUCCAGACCAGCUGGAGACCAGACAGAGACUGGUUUCUUUGUUCCAGAGGCUUGUUGAGAAACUGUGAGCGGAGGACGUGUUGUUCUGUGUUGUAUAGAUAAAGUUCAUGUUUCAAAAGGCCCUCAGAUAAACAGACUUGGACCUCUGACAACUAUUCCUGGCAGCUUGGUUGUUCCUGUUGCCAACUGCUCUUCAUGUGUUAAUAAAGACUCUGUGUUCCUCUGCUUUGAUGUAAAAACCUCCAUUUAAAGAGCCAGUGUGUGGGACUUUGGGGGAUAUAUGGGCAGAAAUUUAAGCUAAUAUUUAUAAGUGCAUUUUCUUUAGUGUAAAAUCACCUGAAAGAAUCGUUGUGCUUUCAUUAGCUUAGAAUGAGACAUCCACACGGGGCAGGUCUACGUCUACUGAGCUUUCCAUGUUGCACCGCCAUGUUUCCGCAGUAGCCCAGAACUGACAAGCCCAACACUCACCUUUCGAGUGUUUUUGUUACAUGGAGGCCACCUUAGGUUCGAAUACACGCUUGGAAAGUGAGUGUGAGAGAAGGGGUGUUCAGUUGGUUGCAUCUGCAGCCUCACCUCUUGAUGACACUAAAUCCAACACACAUGAAAGUUGACAAUCGUGACAGGACGUAGUGACACACUUGGUCACCAAAUUAAAACCGGUGUUAAAAUCCUAGAUCUCACUGUUACCCCUUUCCCACCAAGAUGGAAGGGUUUCGUUAGAGUUCCUGCGCCUAUUUUUGAUUCGUUAGGAGCAUUUUGACCAAAAACAAAUUGGUUUGGUACCCGAAAAGUUGAUUCUUAGCUGGAACCAAAAAUAGCAGGGUUCCCUUGACCUGAGGUGCAAACUGUGAUGAGUUCAGUGGGCGUGUCUUAUUCUACAGGUUGUAAAGAGAGGAUGGAAAAGGCAACAAUAGGUCAAGUGAGGAAUCAUGAGAAAAAAAGAACAUGCAGUGGUCCCAGUAAUAGUUGUUCCAUACUUGUUUUUUGGGUAAAAACAAAUAUCUGUAAUAACAGAACAAAAGUAAUCAAUGUGACAUGUGAUUUUGCUGCUACUUCCAUUGUGCAUUGUGAAACACACUGUUGAAAAAAUCAUAGAGUCCAAUAAUCAUGAAAGGAACCAGUUCAAGAACCAGAGCUCAUUUGGUGGAGAAUAAGGUAUUAGAGACAUGUCAGCUGACACAGUAGGCAAACCAAGACACCUCGUUUCCACAGCUACAACUGGAUUUAUGCAUCUGUACCUCUUUUAAGGGUUUUCCAGGCAUGGAAGUGUCACCUCUGUGGCAGAAACUUGCUGCAUUUUUAAACAUCAGAGCACAGCUGAUGACACAUCUCCACUCUCUAUUUUUUAGUGCAAUAAACAAACUAAAGUGUAACUGUAAAAGUAACAAAAAAAAUCCAUUGACAAAGAAAACUGUUUUAUCUAAUAAGAUAAAGUUUUCAGUCUGUUCAUCUCAUUUCAAUAAUUUUUAUUGUUGUAUCUAGUGGACUGAAAAAGCAGUUUAUUAUUCUAUCAAAAGUUUAAUUUGUAUUUGCAUUAUCAAUCAUUUGUAUAAUAAAAGAAAUUGAUACUCU